CUCUUUGCAGAAAUCACCCAAAACACACAGGAAAAGUUGCGUGACUGCGUGAGGCAGAAGAGGUGAGAGAUCCUUCUCUCUCUCUCCUCUUCUUCUCUCGUUCUCAGUCUAGAAUCUCUCCAAACACAAGCCAAGCCCUGCCUUCAACUCUUCACCAAAGAAUCUCUGAAAUCAAUACGAAAGCCCUUGGAGAAGGUUUUCUCUAUGCUAUUCCAAGUAGACAAAAAAAAAAAAGAGAGAACACUAAUCAUAAUAAUAAAAAAGGGGAAAAAAUUGUGUUCUUAUAAAUGGUGAUGAACGUUGAGGCGGUGGUGGCUGUGGUUUUCUAGUCUUUGAGUAUGCAGGUUCACAGGGCGAAAACAUAUAAAGAAAGCCCAAGGGUCUCAUUGUCCUCCUGUGGAGUCCCAUUCUCGCUGCGCGAUCAAAAAUCCAGGAAAAGCGUUUCCUACAACAAGCUCCCGCAGGAGCCAAUGAGGAUCAACGUUCUUAAAUUGGACGGCACUUGUUUUGAGAUCUGUGUAGCGAGGAAUGGGACCGUUGUUGACCUGAAAAGAGGGGUGGAGAUGGCUUUCCGUCAUUUGCCUAAGAAUGGUCCGGGCACAGUCUCAUGGUCGCAUGUAUGGGGAAAUUUUUGCUUGAGUUAUGAUGGUCAGAAGCUUCUCACCGACUCUGAUUCUAUAGGAGAUUAUGAAAUCAAGGACGGUGGUCAGAUUGAAUUUGUGCGACAUGUCUCCAUUACUUACCCUGUAAAAACGCGAUCAGAAAGAGAGGACACCUAUAUGGAUGAGCCUAGAGAAUCUAAAGGCAACGGGGAUAGGCAGCAGGAAUGCAAAGAAGAAAAUAAUCAUCAGGGAAAGCUAGAGUACCAUACCAUAGAUAUCGACAUCGAUGAGGAAGACUGUGUUACUGUUGCAAGCAACUAUGAAUGCAGGUCGGCUCCUUCCCUGAAAAAGUGGUUCUCGAACAGUAGAUUUUCUAGAUCAGAGACACGAAAGGGGUGACAGAGCAAUGCAAAAAGACUAGCUGAUAGAGUCGUAGCGAGUUCUGGAAAAGUACAGUUACACGACAAUGUUAAACUUGAAUUGGAACGAGACAGGAAGGCAGAGCGGUAAGAUUUUGAGAAUUUGGCGUUUGAGGAAACUAGUCAUGUACAUUUCUGGAACUCUAAUAUGCAUAUCAGUGAUUCUGCAGUAUGAUACUACGGUUAUUAGUUUUGGAUUAAUUAAUACUCCGUAAUACUUUGUUACUUUGGAAUCAAGGUCAAGAAAACAAUAAUCAAUGAGAACUGUUAUUCAAUUUGCCCCA